UGCACACAAACAUCUGAUAGUGCGACCCAGAGCAUCUCAUUCACAGUCCGCAAUGUCAUCUGAAGAGCUCGCACUGAAGCUGCAGCGUAGGCUGGACGCCGAACAGCAUGACCCGAAACCCCGUUCACCGGUGAUCCCGGUACAAACAGAAGCGAGCGAGGAGCCGCCGGUGAAACCUGCCACCAUGAACGGCGACGCGACCUCUGAACUCACGGAGAAACUCAAUCGCAGGUUGGAUAUUCAAGACGGCACGUCGAAGCCCAAACAGAUGAAGGUUUUCAAUCGGUAUAGUGAGUUCAAAGAGUUCUCCCGCAAACAGAUCAAAGAUAUGGAGAAUAUGUUCAAGAGAUUUGACUCUGGUAAAGAUGGCUUUAUUGAUCUUAUGGAACUCAAGCUGAUGAUGGAGAAGCUUGGAGCUCCACAGACUCAUUUGGGACUGAAAAACAUGAUCAAGGAAGUGGAUGAAGAUUAUGACGGCAAACUCAGCUUCAGAGAGUUCCUGCUGAUCUUCCGGAGGGCCGCUGCAGGUGAGUUGCAGGAAGAGAGUGGGCUUAUGGCUCUCGCUCGGCUUUCAGAGAUUGACGUCUCGACUGAAGGAGUUCUUGGAGCGAGGGACUUCUUUGAGGCCAAGGUUCAGGCUCUGUCCGUGCGCAGUAAGUUCGAGGCAGAGAUACGAGAAGAGCAAGAGGAGAGGAAGAGGAUGGAACUCGAAAGAAAACAACGGCGUGCUGCGUUUAAAGAGCUACAAUCUACAUUCUCAUAAACACACACAUAACACAUCUUACCGUUUACUCAGUUUAGCACAUCUAUGUCUCUUUUUCACCCACAAAUAAAUACUAAUUCUUUAUCGGCACAUUUUAAAUGCACACAAUCACACAAAUACGUGCACUCUCAGCCUCUUGGAUCUCACAUCUAAAUAUAAUCACAGCCACGGGGUAACACUGAACAAGUAGCAUUAGCAUUAUUGGUAGCUUGCAGCUAUCCUGAAAUAUGUAUGUGGAACUAAUGUUGUUGAUGGGGACCUUCAGAUUAGGGCCAUGCGGAGAGGCUGUAGAAAACACUGAAGUGACCGAAGCGAGUAAGAUUUCAGGAGGGUUGUCAAAGCUAAUUUAAGUUUAAAGAUAAAACAGCACACACUUUAAAAGACUAGAUUGUGCUUCUAUUUUACUCAUUCAAGUAACUAUAUAUUUUUAGAAACAAAACCAAAGGUUUGUUGUGAAGUUAUUUAGUGUUGAUCAUAAUUUUAGACACAUGCGAUGUUGAGGCACAAAUAUUGAUUAUGACUAACAGAUGAGAUGUUAUGUACAAAGGAAACUAUGGUAACCAAGUGUCAAGAAAUAUUUUUAUUUUUUAUAUAUUUUAAUCAUUUUGUUUCAUUUUUCUUUUUUUAAAGUCCUACAUAUGUGACACCUAAGUUUUGGUUGAUUGUAUUUUAUAUUGGAUGUUCAUAUAAUGUACAAGUGACUCUUAUAUGGUAUGUUUGCUAAUAUCACAAAGCCCAUUAAAUCACUAUUUUUCAGA